CGAGAUGAUAGUAUAAAAGGAACAACCACUUCUGUUCGAAAUCAGUAUCGUUAUCGUGAUGCGAAAUCUUUUUUGGCAAUUUAAACUUGAAAUUUGUUAUCAACUUUCACCAUGUUCUUCGCAUUGUGCAUUUUUUUCUCAUUUGCACUGAUCAGAAUUGAAGGUCAAAAUGCUGCUGACACAAAAAUUGCUGCUGCUGCAUCCGACGAACCACUGACAUGUACCGAAGCAGGUUCACAAUGUGGUGAUUGCUCAACAUUGUUGUUUUGCUUCGGUAACAACACAUUACCAGUAUCACUUCCUUGUCCGUCUGAAUAUCCGUAUUGUGCCAACGGUACUUGUACAUUAGAACCAGAUGUUUCGUGCACAGUUUCGCCAGAAUUUGUCUGCACCAGUGACGGAAUUUUCCCAGACCCCUCUGAUUGUACCAGAUACCGUUUAUGUGCUUCAGAAGAGUCAAUGAUUUUUCAAUGUCCAUCUGGAUUCGUUUUUAAUUCACAAAACCACUUUUGUCAAAUGGGAACGCAACCAUGCGCAAAAAUAGAUUGCUCUAAUGCUACGCUGAAUUCAUUCGUCGCUUAUGCUAGCAGUUCUAAUUAUUACGCUUACUGUUUGUUUAGUGGUAUUGGCAUUCAAACUCUUAUGUUUAAAUGCAAACAAGACGAAAUUUUCGACCCAACCAUAAAUGCAUGCCGUUUUUACUGCAAAGCCAGUGGGAACUUUCAAAAUCCAGCGGAUUGCAAUCAAUACUUUUAUUGUAGCCGGGUCGAUGCUAAGCCAUCCGAACCGCUUUCCUGUCCGCCUAAAUAUGUUUUUGAUGGCAGAGGAUGCAAUAGAGAUGCAACCGAAUGUCAAAAUCCUCCAACAGCCGCUACAGCCACCGUAGUCAAAUAAACGAAUACAUUUACUGAUGUCACAC